AUGUUCAUGACAUAACCUCAAUUAAAAAGCAUAAAUAAACACGAACCGUGUUAUCAGAAGAAGAUGAAUAUUUUACAGCGUUUACCAAAACUCUCAUCACUUCACGUUCAUCAUCAUUUACGUGUGAUCAGUUGUAAUGAAAUCGCAUCGAGUGCAGCGUAUUCAAUUUGUUGUACUUCCACAGUGUUGUAUCGGUCAACGCUAAUAAGUCGUGAAUCAGUGUAUUUUAUGCCAAAACGUCAUAAAUCAUUUACCGAAACAUUCGCUGACAUUUAUGCGACCGUUUCGCACAGUACAACGGUGUCCUAUUUCCAAAAUGCAUUGGUAUCGUUUCACGAUUUAACCGGUCUACCAUGGUGGGCAACAAUUAUUGUUUAUACAUUUGGAUUGCGGUUGAUCACAUUUCCAUUGGCUGUAUACGCACAACAGAUAAAAGUGCGACUACAUAAUAUCUUACAAAACGAAUUGCCGGCAAUGAACGACGAUCUGAAACGUGAGGUGGCCGUCUACAAAAAGAAAUACAAUUUGGGUGAAAAAGAUUCAUUUUUUCUCUACAAACGAUCAUUUAAUAAACAAUAUCGAUCGAUGAUCGAACGUGAUAAUUGUCAUCCGUUGAAAACGACCGUCUUGUUUUGGUUUCAAAUUCCAAUUUGGAUUUGUCAUUCGAUUGCCAUACGAAAUAUAUUGACAAUGCAACCGGAUCCAAAUUCGAUCAGCGCAAUGGCAAUAUACACCCAAAUGACCGUCGGCGGAUUUGGAUGGAUACCAAAUUUAAUUGAAUCGGAUGCAUCGUACAUACUGCCGGUACUGUGGGCCAUCAUAAAUCUAACCAACAUUGAAUUGGGCGCACUUGAAAAAGGUGGAUCGUCUAGUAAAUUUAUGACUGUGAUGACAAAUGUAUUUCGUGGAAUUACAAUUGCUGUUAUACCAAUUGCAGCAUCGGUUCCAUCGUGUCUUACGUUGUAUUGGUGCACAUCAUCAAUGUGUGCACUCGGCCAAAAUCUACUGCUACUUUCGCCGACAGUAAAACGAACAGUCGGCAUACCAUUGAACACACAAUAUCAUAUGGAUCAUCCGUAUCAGACCAUUGUACAUCGAUUCGUCAAACAAAUGGAACGACGGAAAAAUUGGUGCACAGCAUUUAUUAAAUCGAAAUAAGAAUUUAAAUUCAAUGAAUUUUUGAGAGACUAGUCAGUGUGAUAAAUAAAUGAUUCUGUACACAUUUC